AAUUGCAACGUAACGAAUCAAUUAACCAGCUCAUCCACUACACAGUCCUAUAGUUUUUGAGUCCUCCCGCUAGAUAUUUCAAUUUCAUCAUUUAUUUAUUUUGUUCUUUCUUGAUCAAUAGAAAAUGUGGAACAAAAUGAAUUUUCAAGAAGAAGCAGUUCAGGUUAUGAACUCAGAUUUCAAAGACCUGAGUGAAGUUGCUAGCAGACUCGCUAAUCAUGCCAUCAAAUUCGCUGGUAUAGGCUGGGGAGGUUCUUUCUUUGGAUUCUUUGCUGCUGUUGCUGCUAUAUAUUUGUUGGUUUUGGAUCGCACAAACUGGAAGACAAACAUUCUUACAUCACUACUCAUUCCAUACAUUUUCUUCAGCUUGCCUUCUUUUGUUUUCGCUGUAUUCAGAGGAGAGAUUGGAAAAUGGAUUGCUUUAGUUGCUGUUGUUUUAAGGCUUUUUAUUCCAAAGCAUUUCCCGGAUUGGUUGGAGUUGCCGGGUGCUUUGAUACUUUUGAUUGUUGUAUCUCCUGAUCUAGUUGCAAGCACCUUUAGAAACGACCUUGUUGGAGUAAUUGUGUGCCUUGUCAUUGCAUGUUAUUUGCUACAAGAGCAUAUUCGUGCAUCUGGUGGUUUCAGAAACUCCUUCACUAGAGCAAAUGGCGUAUCAAAUUCCAUUGGCAUAAUUCUUCUGUUAGUCUACCCCAUCUGGGCACUCCUCACCAUACUUUUUUAGGUGCCGGUGAUUGAAUUUGAUUGUUAAGUGUGAAUGAAAUCUGUUGUGUUCUGUAAUCAUUCAUUUGUUAGAUGUUGAUGUCAAAUACUCGGUCAUUGUUUGAUGUAUCACAUUUGUUAUUUAGUUUGCAUGUGUAAAAAUAUGGAAUCAAGUCUUAUUGAGACACUUUUUGGCUUCAUUAAAUGUUAUGAAAGUAAGAAUGAUGAAGAGGAUUGACCUAGUAUCUUCAUA